AUGAAUAAGAUUACUGUAGAUAACGGUUACCAGGGACAUAAUUUCUAUUAUUUAAGUAAGAGGUCAAUGGGUAAAGAAGAUAUCACAUAUUUUACGAAUAAACAGAAUGAUAUACAUAAUGAGGAUAUGGACAGCAAGAAUUUUGUUGAUGACAAAAUGAACAUUAAUUUAUUUAACAUCGUUGAAAAAAAUAAUAGUGAGCUAUUAUUAAAUGAAACAAGAAACGAAUCGGAAAAAAACAAAAUAAAUAAUGUAUUAUUAAUAAAUGAAAAAAAUAACAUCAAUUUUGUAGAUACACGAAUAAAUAAAAGAAAUCUCGAAUUAAAUAGAAGUAACCAGAGUGUUAUUAAUAGCAAUUUACAUAGCAAUAAUAGUAACCACACCGUUAAUAACAGUACAAAAAAUACUAAUAUAACUAAUAAUUUGUUCAAUAAUAAAAUUGGAGUAGAUGGUAGCUUAAGUAAUUACUUGAAGAAUAGUUUCAACGAUAGUUGUACCGUUAAUUUAUUGUAUGGAAAGAAGAAACUAAAUGACGUAAUUAACAGCACAAUUAAUAAAAUGGGUAUUAACACCAUGAAUAAUAGUGGUAAUAACUGUAGUAUAAAUAACAGUAGCUUGAAAAAUAAUAAAUAUAGUAGUAAUGUAAAUAAUAAAAGCAGCAUUAGUAGUAGCAUGGAAGGCAGCAUGAAUGACAGCAUGAACGGAAGCAUGAACGGAAGCAUGAACGGAAGCAUGAACGGAAGCAUGAACGGCAGCAUGAACGGAAGCAUGAACGGCAGCAUGAACGGAAGCAUGAAUAGCACUAUGGAAAGCAGCAUGAACAGCAAUGUAAAUAAUAACAACAAUAGGGACAACGUGACCACCAACAACAGUCACUGUAAUUACAACUACCCUGUUGAUGAGGAAAAAAUAACACACUCUGAUGAGAAAAAUAACAAAUUAGAGAUCAAUGAAAGGAACGUUAAAGAUCUAUAUGGUGCAAUUCAGUAUUCUUCGAACGAUAAUAAUGAAAUAAAUAAUAAUGAUGAUAAUGUUUGCAAGAAUAUAAAAGAGGAAGGUAAAAGCAUACAUAUGUUAAAUAAUAGCUUAAAUUUAGAAAAAUCAAAUGAAAAAUUAUAUGAAGAAGAUGGUUCAAAAUUUUUAGAUACAUUUUUAAAUAAUUUUAAUACAGUACAAAAUAAUGAUAUGAACAACAGGUUGGACAUAAAAAACUUAAAUAGAAUUAUGAAUUAUUCUAACAAUUGUAAAAAAUAUGAACCAACUUAUAUGUUACACGAUAAUUAUACAAAAUGUGUAAAUGAAAAUAAUAAAGAAGAAAAGAAAAGAAUUGAUAGCCAAUUUAUUUCAAAUGAUAUUUUUCCAUCCCUCUAUAAAAACAGUACUAUAGACAAUGAUAAUGAUAGCAAUCGAGGAAAUAGCACAAGUAGCUUCAGCAAAAAUGGUAGCUUCACUAACAGUUGUAGCACUUUUGCGAACGAUAGGUCCUUCACAAACAAUAGUACCUUAACCAACGAUAAUAAUAACAUUGGAAGAAAUAAUAGUCAUAACAGCAGUAGCAGUAAUACCAACAAUUACAGCAACAUCAACAAUAGGAGCAAUAGCAGCACUGCUAGUAACUGCAUUGAUGAUAUGAAAAAUUGUAGUGAUUAUAAUGAAAAUAGCUGCAAUAAGGACAGUAAUUACAGUAAUGGAAAAGGAAAUGGCAAUAAUAACGUUGCCGGUAAUUUUAACGGUCCUGAUAAGAAUAACGAAAGAAGAAUACACAGAAAUAUUGACAAAAAUAGUCGCAAAAAUAACCGCAAAAAUGACCAUAAAAAGGACCGAAAAAAUGAUAUAAGAAAUAAGGAUAAAAAUAGUGAAGAUAGCAAUGACAAAGGAAACAACGACAGUGCAGAAAACAGUGGAAAUAAUAAUGAGCAAGACGUUCAUAACAAUAAUGGAAACAACAGCAAUGGCAACAAUCAUGGAAUCAACUGCACUGGAAACAACAAAGAUAACAACGAAAACAGCAAAAACAGCAAAAACAAAAAUGUAAACAGAAGAAAUAACAAAAAUAAGAAUAACACAAAUAAAAAUGCUAAUGGAAAAAACGAUCAAAAAAAUAACACGAGAAAUAAUAAAAAUGAUGUCAAAGGAAAAAAUAUGCAUAUUAAUGUGCAUAAUUGUACAACCAAUAGCAGUAGUAAAAAUUUUAAAAACAAUUUAGAAGUGAACCCUAACAACAUUUCGUCAAAAGGCAAUAUUAAUAAUGUUUCCUUAAUUAAAAAAAACGUGAAUAAUAUAAUUAAUUUGAAUAUACUAAAAUAUUACGCGAAUAAUAAAAUGAAUAUGCCAGAAGACAAUCGUAAUUUAAGUAUUUUGAAGAAUAAUUGCACGAGCAGCGAAACGGGGGGUAUUCAUUUUUUUCAUGAAAACAAUACAGAAGUAGACAAACAAUAUUUACUAUUGAAUGAAAAUAAUAACAAUAAUAACAAUAACUGUAAUAAUGGCAGCAGCAGUAAUAAUAGCAAUAACAGCAAUAAUAGUAAUAAUAACAAUAUGACAAUCUCGGAGGAUAAGGGCAAAAAUGACUUAAUUGGUUUGAAUACUACUUUUAAUAUAUUAAAAAAUAAUUUAUACAAUAUUUUUAACGAUCCAUGUGAUGAGCGCAAUAAUGAUGAAUAUAUCAGUAAUUCUAAGAAGGGUAUCCUAAAUGUAAAUAAGAACAAAAUAAAUGAUAAUACGCAAAUUUUUAAAAUAAUUAACACUCAGAACAACGUUACAGUGAACAACAAUUUAGUGAACUACUUUGGCCCUUCUCAAAUAUCUUUGUAUGAAGAAAUGGAAAAUAGAUUCGGUACAACUGAAAUUAGUAAUGUUUUAGGAAAUAAAAAUACUCUGAAUGUUAUAAAUAGUAUGAAUGGUAUGAUUGGAACAAACGGAACGAAUGUAAUGAAUGGUGUGAAUGUAACGAGUAGUAUGAAAAAUAGCACUAAUUUGUUGAAUAAACAACCUUAUAUGAACAACAUGUUGGGAAUCCCGUCAUCAUAUGUGAAUGACGUGAAAGGUAGUUUAGUUAACAAGCAAGGUGUAAGUAAUUCUGUGAAUACUACUGAUACCAAUAGGUUUAAUGGACCUAAUGAGGAUAAUGCAAAUAGUGUAAAUGCUAAUAAUGGAAAUACUUCUAAUAUUGCCAAUGCUCCUAAUAUUACUAAUUCUCCUAAUAUUGCCAAUGCUCCUAAUAUUACUAGUGCUCCUAAUAUUGCCAAUGCUCCUAAUAUUACUAGUGCUCCUAAUAUUACUAGUGCUCCUAAUAUUGCCAAUGCUCCUAAUAUUUCCAAUGCUCCUAAUAUUGCCAGUGCUCCUAAUAUUGCUAGUACUCCUAAUAUUACCAAUGCUUCUAACAGUGGAAACAGGUGCACUAUAAAUAAUUCUACAAGUAAGCAGUGCGGAAUUAACGUAUGCCAUAAUGAUAUUCAUAAUGGUAAUAAUGGUAACAAUAAUGCUUUGGAAAAUUUCGAUACACAUGUUACAAAAAAAGGGGGGAAUGAUAACAUGAAUGUGGAGAGACCUGUAAUAUUAAAUAAUUCUCAAAUGUUAGAAGCAUUUAUGCAAGGAAGGUUAUGUUUGAGUUGUGAUUCAUUAGAUCAUCCUAUGCCAUUGUGUCCUAAUAAUUCAUUUGUAUGUCCAAAUUGUCAUAACAUUUCACAUAGGGGUAAUGAUUGUCCAAUGAAAUGUCGAUUUUGUUUAAAAUAUCAUGUAGGUAUAUCCAUAAUGGAUUGUUUGAAAAAAGCUAGAAUUCAAAAUGAAAAAAAUGCAUUAAUGGAUGAAAAAAAUGAUUCUAAUAAGAUAAACAAGAAUGCUAGAAAUAAUGAGGAAAGGGUUAAUAUAGGGCCAAGAUUUGAUAUUAGCACAAGGCCUGAUAAUUCGUAUGGAAGAAGUGUAUAUGUAUCGAAUCUAAGUGAAGACAUAACAAAUAUACAAUUAAGAGAUGCUAUUAAUCAAAAUUUAGAUAAUGGAUAUGUAGUCAAUAUUGAUAGACAAGAUGGAUAUGCAUUUGUAGAAUUAUCAAAUUUAAAUUCAACAUUUCAACUUGUCCAACGAUCAAUUAAUAUUAAUUUUAAAAAAUUAAAAAUUCAGUUUAAGAAGACGGGUCAAUUUUUAAUACCAGAUAACUUAUCCAUGAAUCCAAAUACCACGGGAGAAUAUAAUAAUAUAAAUAAAGUUAUGACAACAUCUGUUCACGGAAAAUUAAAUAAGAAUACAACAAACAGUAUAUUACUGAACAGGCACCUUUUCACAAACAUAAAUAACAACAUAUUUAACAGUAGUAGUAGUAACGUACCUUUUAAUAGUAAUUUAAACUCUAAUGUGAGCAUCCUGGGUAACAACAGUGGUAGUAACACUCCUACAGCUACUAUAGGUGCAGGAAAUAAUAGUAGCAAGGGGGGCACGGACAGUAGUCCAGACGCGAAAGGUAGAUAUAUGUAUAAAUUGUCCCAGGAAAAACAUCCAAAAGUGUAUCAGCAGAACGAGCACAACCAAAGGCAGUAUCAACAACAAUAUCAGCAACACCUGUCCCACCUGCAUCAGCAGAAAAAAAACAAACAGAAGGAAAAUUUUAAAGUGAUUAACCAUAGUAAUAAUGUCCCAUUGGACAACGACUUCAACUGUAAAGCGUUUAUACCUCUAAAGUCAAACAAAAUAAUAAGUGAAAAAGGUGAUAACAAAAACAAACAUUUUUGUGCUAUUGAUAAUAAUACAUCCACAUUGUUAGAAAUAGAUAAAGGAAGCAAAACAAACAGUAGUAGUUAUAAUACACAUCAUCAAUUUAAUCUUUUGUCAAAUAAUUAUAUUAUGCAAAAUUAUAAUGAUAAUGGUAGCAGCACAUCCAAAAAUGCUUACGAUUUUACGGGAAUGGAUGACAAUAUAUUAAAUGAUUAUUUAAGAAAAAAUAUAGACGCGAAUCAUGUAUCUACCAUGCAUAUUAUUAGUAACGAUUUGUUUGCAAAUAGCAAUGAACAGAAGAAUAGCUUGCCAUGUGAUGAAAAAUGUAACCCUGUGUAUGAAGGAAACAAAAUAUUACUAAAUAUUUCAAACGAAAUAAAUGAUCAGAAUCAAUUAAAUAAAAAUAUGACAACGGAAACUAGUAAAACAACUGCAACUACAACUACAGCUUCUGAUAGUAUGGUGAAUACCCAUUUAUUUAAUAAUAGUAUUCUACCUAUGAAGGGAAAUUUUCAUAAGUUAGAUGACAUAAACAAUGAAACCGAUUUGGAUACGUGUAUUAUGAUAAAUAAGGGUUUCACUAACAAUAAUUUAACGAAGGUUCUAAAUGAUUCCAUGGAUGAUAAAAUGUUGGUGAAUGAAAAUAUGGUAACAAAACAAGUUAGUGAAAAGGACAAAAUUUUAGAAAAUUGCACAAAUUUAGAUAUUAAAUCAAUUGUUGACAAUGCUAUUGAGGUCAAUCAUGGAAUAUUAAAUUACGAUCCGCUAAAUUUUACAAAAAGUGUAAGUAGCAAUGAUAAUGUUAGCGGUUAUGUUGGACGUGGGUAUAACAGAAGUGGGUACGCUGGAAGUGGGUACAUCGGAAGAGGCUGCAAUGAAAGCGGUUGUAAUUACGCGAACCACACAGUGCUGAAUGUUAACAAAGAGACGGAGCAUGAGGGAACAAAUAAAUUCAACAACGUGCCGUAUUAUAACUUUGAAUAUGAAAAAAAUAGCUAUGAAGAAAAAAAAAUUAAUAAAAGUAACUGGAUAGAAAAAAACAGUAAUAUAACAAAUGAGAACAAAAAUUCAUAUAAUAACAUAUGCAAUGAUAUGUUUUUCGGAAAUAAUGAUAUUUACGAUAUCUUUACAAAAUUUAAUUCAAUUAAGUUGUAUGAUAGUAAUAAUGACAAUGAAAAUAGCACGAUCUGUGAUAAUGGCGACAGCUACAUCAACCACUGCGAUAAUGUCGACAAUUAUAUCAACCGUUGCGGUAAUGACAGUGUUUGCAACAAUAAUAAUAGUAAUAAAUAUGAUUUGAAUUCGCCAAAUAACAUUAAAUGUACGAAUAUAAAUUCAGAACAAAAUGAUGGAAAUGAUAUGCAGAGACUGACAAAUGCACUCGUGGAUGAAGAUAAUAGCAUUAAUCUUUUAGGCAAUAAUUUUGAUCUAAUUAAUAAAACAGAAAGAAUAGGUCAUAAGGAAAACUUAGAAAUGUUAAAUAAUUCUUACAUGAACAAUAUCAAAUAUAACGAACUUGAUGCUAUUGAAAAGGAUUUAGAGAGAAAUAUUAAAGCAUUAUGGAAUAUAAGAAAGAUUAAAUUAGUUAAGUCUCAUAGUGUCCAUAAUAAUUGA